AUGAAAUUUUUAUCUGCUUUAACAACAGCUUUAUUAUCAACAGCAGCUUUAGCUAAAAACAUUGUCUUAACAAAUGAUGAUGGUUGGGCUUCAACUGAAAUCAGAGCAACUUAUAGAGAAUUAACAAAUGCAGGUCAUAAUGUUUAUUUAGUUGCUCCAUUAGAACAAAGAUCAGGUUUUGGUGGUACUUUUACAUUUUCAUAUACUGAUAAAUUAUUACAUGAUGAUCAAUUCCAUUUCAAAAAAGAAGGUGAUGCUGCUUGGGGUCAUGAAGAAAAUGAUGAUCAUAUUUGGUAUUUCAAUGCUACACCAGCUGCUUGUGUUGGGUUUGCUUUUGAUUAUUUAUUACCAACUCAUUUUGCUGAUGUUAAAAUUGAUUUAGUUGUCUCUGGUGUUAACCAAGGUUUAAACUUGGAUAUUCCAAUGUUCACCAUUUCUGGUACUAUUGGUGCUACUUAUAAUGCUGUUUAUAGAGGUUAUUCAGCUGUUGCAUUCUCUGGUUCAACUUCAAAUAAUUCAUUCUAUCAAGAUUCAUUAAAUGAUGAUUCAAAUGCUCCUGCAAACAUUUAUGCUAAAAAAGUUGUUGAAAUCACUUCAAAAUUAUUUGAAUCUCAAGGUGAUAAUGAAAGAGUCUUACCAUUAGGUACUGGUUUAAAUGUUAACUUCCCAAAAGUUACUACUUUAGUUAAAGAAGGUUCAGAAGAAUGUUCAGAUCCACAAUUUGUCUUUUCAAGAUUAACUGGUGAGCAUGUUGCUAUUCCAGGUUUAAAAUUAAAUGAAACUUCAGGUGUUUUUGAAUUUUCAAACUUGAAAAAUGGUUCAAUUGCUACUGGUGUUAAAUAUAAUGGUAUCUUUGAUUUACCAAGUGAAAACUCAGUUACUGAAAAUGGUUGUUGGACUUCAGUCUCUGCCUUCAGUGUUGAUUAUUCUGCUCCAGAACAAGAAGCCAAUGAAGCUAAAGCUUUAUUAGGUGAUUUAUUAGUUCAAAGAUCAUAG